ACUCGGCUCGGCCUUCCUGGUGGAGUUGAUUGAUGAGGAUUAUUUAAAACCUAACACAGCCUAGCUUACAACUCCGCUUACGACUCCUUGCCAGUGGAUACGAUUUCGCACGUUGGAAGCGUGUAGUGAGUACCGGCUGAAUCUGGAUGUUAGAGGCCACGUGGCAGGUGGCGAGAGGCUGAACGAUGAUCGCAUCCGUCGCAGUCCCGAGUCGUUCACUUCAGUAUUGCGACAUGCCUUUGUCUGCGAGCCAGCGAGUUUUUUUUUUUUUUUUUUUUUUUUUUUUUUUUUUUUUUUUUUUUUUUUUUUUUUCAGAGAGUACCACGGUAUUAUGAAAUUUGACCGCAAUUCGGCUGGAGGCGCAGCUGGGGACGGUGGUACGUCAGGCUGUGCUGCUGCUGCUGCUGCCGCAGCUGCUGGAGACGAUGCAGAGGCAAGGGUGGUGAUAGAGGCGCCUGAAAACGAGGCAGGCGCGGGCGUGGGUGCAGCUGCUGUCCAGUCCCCUCACCCCCAGACCACGCCUCUCCACAUUUCUGGCCCGCGUCAGACGGCUGUUGAGUCCCCUCACCCCCGGAACCAGACCACGCCUCAAGAAACGCCUCGAGGGAAGGGGCGCAUAGGGGCAUCGAGAACUAGGAGUGCGGGGGGAGCAGCGGAGAAGAAAGAGAGGCGGGUGGAAGAGCGGAGAGAGCAGGAAGGGGGGGGCGCUAUGGGAAGGAAAGAUAGGGAGAGCAAGAGCAGGAGCGGGGCUUCGGGAGGAGGGAGGAACGCCAGUAGCAGCACCAGCGUUAGCACCAGCACCAGCACCAACACCAACACCAACACCAAUACCAGCAUCAUCAGCAACAGUAACAGUAACAACAAUAACAACGGACAGAGCAGCAGAGACAGCCAUGCAGAGAGAAACAGCAAGAGCAGCAGGAGCAGCCGGAGCAGCAGGGGCAGCAGUAGCAGCAUGAGCAGGAGCAAGAGCUGCCAGCAGCAGCAGCAGCAGUACCAGAGUAUUAAUGAUCAUCCUACCAGUUUGGGGGCCUCCCAUCUACUGAGAAGCACUGCCGUGCGGCCCACUCUCCUCUCCUCCUCCUCCCUUUCUUCCCCCCUUCUCUCUCACGCUCUAUCCAUGCCUGGCUCGGCCGCCCCUCUUGCUUCUCCUGCUGCAGCAGCAGCCGUGACUGAAACAUGCGUGAGUAGAACGGGAGUGGUUAAAGCAAGGGGAGUGACUAAAGCAGGAGCCACUGCAGCUGCGAUCGCCACUCGUUUGAGUCAACCCCCAUCCCCCUGUGUGUCUGGUGAUGGCGUUGGCGUUUCACCCGCAGACAGCCCCCGCAUUCACUCACGUGCCUCUCAUCCCCGCACUCAAGCCCUUUCCCGUUCCCACUCCCCUUCACGGAACGCCAGUAGCAGCAGGAGCAGCAGGAGCAGGGGCGGGAGUGGGAGCGUGGGCAGGAGUGGGAGCGUGGGCGGGAGUGGGAGGGGCGGGAGAGGUGGGAGCAGGGCAGAGAGAGAGAGGCGUGUGAAGACGGCAAGUGGCAGCAACAGCAGCAGCAGCCGCAAGCGAGAAGAUAGCCGGAAACAAAGGCGCGGUGCGACGGCGGUCUCUGUUUCUGCUGCGGCUGCUGCUGGUGCUGGUGCUGCUGGUGCUGUGGAUAGGGCAUCUGAAUUUCGAAGUGUGGGCUCAGCAGGGCAGGUGCAUGGGAGUGAGAGGGAAGGGAUGGGCUGGACGGAGGCCCCCCCUUGGGAAAGGGCGGGACGAUGGGGGGCUCAGGUGGGAUCGAGAGGGGUAAGUGGUGCCCAUGACAUGGGGUAUAGAAAUGGCAAUAUUAAUUACGAGGAUGCACUUGGCGAUGCAUCCAUCGACGCAAACGGUGGUGCAUUCAGUGAUGCGUUUAGCGACGCGUGUGGUGAUGGUGAUGGCGGGGUGGAGAAAGGCCGAGUGGCAGACAUUGACGCACACUUUGAGGCGGACUUGGAGGCGGGCACGGGGUUAGGCGAGCAUGGAGCGUUGCUGGUGGAGGGUUCCGGGUUUGAAGUGCGGGCUCUGGUGGCGAGAUAUGGACAGAUCGAUGCAGGUGAAUUGGCCGGGAGGGAGGGAGGAUGGGGAGGAAGAUGUGUGGUGGCAGAUGAAGCCGAAGCAGUGUAUGGGCCUACAUGUGUGGAGCAGGGUGGAAGGUCCGCCAGUGGGAGUGGGCGUGCUCAGGUGUUGACUCAGGUGGCCGUACGGGCUGCUGCCCCUCAGGUGGAUUCUCAGGUGGUUGCAACAGCAUUAACCGCAGCAGUGCCAGCAGCAGCAGCAGCAUUGUCACACAAGGCACUGGCCCAGCGCUGGCAAUCCCUUCGCAUUCACGUUCCUAGCAUGUCUAGCAUCGCUCCUUCCUCCCUAGCCUCCCCCUCCCCCUCCUCUGCUGCCCCCCCUUCCUCCCUCUCCUCCACCGCCCCCCGCUUCCCUCACUCUAUUUCUAUCGGUGGCUCCACACUCCCCACUCAUUCUCCAUCCUACCCCUCCUCCCCUUCCUCCUCCAUGUUUCUCCCCUCCCCUAUUCUCUCCCCAUCCUCCUACACUUCCUAUUCCGCCUACUCUGCUUCCCCUGCCGUUUCCGCUUCCCGUUCUCGCCCCAAGUCUUCUUCCCUUGCUGCCGCUGCUGCCGUUGCCUCAGCAAAAGCAGCAGCAGCAGCAUCAAGAGGAGGAGCAGCAGGGGCGGCAGUAGCAGCAGUAGCCACCUCUAAGACCUUCUCUAGGCCCUCCUCCGGAAAUUUCUCCUCAGGGCGCUUCUCUCCGGCAUCCUCUGCCAGCUGUCGCGCCGUGGUUGGUGGCCGGGGUGCAUUUGCAGGUGCAGGUGCAAGUGGUGCAGGUGGUGCCUGUGAUGCUGCUACGAAUGCUGCUGGUGCUGCUGCUGGUGGGGCAGGGCGGUCUAGGUCCAGCUGUAGCCAAGAUGUAGCGGGAUGGGAGGAUCUCCUAGCAGAGGAUCUGGCGCUUGGGGAAACGGGCGUGGGGGAGGUUCACCUGGGGGAGGCUGAUCUUGGGGAGGUCAGAGCUGUGAGCAAUGCGGGUUGCGGCGAAUGCGAUGACAGCAGCGCUGGCAUCGGGGGAAAGAAGAGCUGCGGCAAAGAAAAGAACAGCAGCAGCAAGAGCAAGACCAAGAGCAGCAGCAAGAGCAACGCCAGCAGUAGCAAUGCCAGCAAGAGCAAGAGCAAAACGGAGAGUAAGAGCAGCAGUAGGAGCAAGGGGAGGUGGCUGUCCAAGGCUAGGAGUGAGCCUGAGAGGCAAUUGGAAGCAGUGCCCAUUCCAUGGCACCCUGCAGGGAGGUCCCCUCUUGGCCUCCGCCCUGCGGGCUUCUCUCCCGCCAUGCUUGCUGCUCCCUCCGCUGCUGCCGCUGCUGCCGCUGCUGCUGCUGCUGCUGCUGCUGCUGCUGCUGCUGUGGGUGGUGCUAUUGCUGGUGCUGCUGGUGGUGGUGGCAGUGGCGUCCUAGCACGAGCAGGCAGCGGGAGUGUGUCGUCAUCUGCGUCUCACCACAGCCGCCACGGCAUCAGUCUGUCACAAUACAUGCACAUGUCGCACCAGCAGCACCAGCACCAGCAACAGAAACAGCAACAGCAACAGCAGCAGCAGCAACAACUGCAGCAGCAGCAGCAGCAGUACCACCACCCCCACCUUACCUCCCUCCUCCCUUACAAAAACGCCACCCCUUCAUGCUUCCUUCCAGCAUCACUCUCCCCUGCAGCCUCCCCAUCCCCCUCCUCUCCCUCCUCUCCCCGCCGGGCUUUCCCCCCAAGUGCCUGGAACAACACCAUAUCGCCCCGCUCCCGCCUCGCCUCCUCCUCCUCCUCAGCCAUGUCCCCUGCAACCGUGGUAGCAGCAGCGGCAGCAGCAGCAGGUGCUGCAGGUGACGCAUCAGAUCGGCCCGCUCGGGUUGCAAUGCCCCCUUCCCCUCUUUCUCUCCCGUCUCUCUCGUCAGUCUCUUCUCAAUCUCUCGCACACACACAGGGCAUGCCCUGGCGCCAGGGCAUGCCCGGUCUUGUGCUCGAGGAGGGGGAGCAGAGCAACGAGAGAGAUGCAAAGAAAGCAACGAAGAAGAGCAAGAAAAAUAAGGAGGAGAAGGAGAAGGGAAAGAAGCAGAAGCAGCAGCAGCAGAAGCAACAGCAGCAGCAAGAGGAGAAUCGGCUGCAGCAGCAUCAUGGGGGGUUAUCCCCUCGUAGGCUGCUACGCAAAGCCCAGAGCGCCCCACGCACAGUUGUAGAGGAUGAAGGGGAGGCAGUGAGACUGCUGGCGGAGGGCCAGCUCCCCUGGGUCCACAGUGCGCUCGCCUUUGCUCCUCCCACUGACCUCCUCGACACGUCAAUAAUACCAGCUGCCAAUCACACUCACUCCCCCUCUUACCCUCACUCCCUCUCCCACCCUCACUCCUAUCAAGCACCUGCAGCUGAUCCGUACUCCCUUCCCGAAUCGCUGCGUGCUGACAGCAGCAGUGACUUGCACUCUCCUUCCGCUUCCGCCUCUGAUUCCGAUUUCCCUACGGAUUCUGCUUCUGGCUUCGGACAAGCCUUGUCGAGGGUGACAGCAGCACAGCAGGAAACGCGUUCUGAGGAAGAGGAGGAGAAAGAGGAAGAGGAAGAGGAGGAGGCGGAGGAUGGGGUGGCACUGAGUCCCAUGCCUGUGUUGGACCGCCGGCCCCCUCUCUCCCGCACGUGGACUGCCCCUGCUGAGCGAGUCACCUCUGCGCGAGACGGGUCCCCUGGUGCUGGUUACCACCGCGGUAACCACGACGCUCGUCGCUACGGUGCAGCAGAGGGGUCGAUCGAGAGCGAGAGGGUGGACAAGAGGAGAGGUCUGGGGGUGCAGGCUGGGGUGGGGAAGAGGGAGGGGAAGGGGAGGAAGGAAGAUGGGCCCGGGGCGCUGGAUGGAAGUGGGAGAGGGAGAAUGGUGGAUGAGAGUGAAACUGAGAGCCUUAAAGGCGACGCCAGGGGCAGCGGCAGUGGCGGUGGCGGCGGCUGUGGUGGUGGUGGUGGUGGUGGUGGUGGUGGUGGUGGUGGUGGUGGUGGUGGUGGUGGUGGUGGUGGUGGUGGUGGUGGUGGUGGUGACAGUAUUUAUAGUGGCAGCAGUGGUAAGGGAGCGGACAAGGCGAGGGCGUUAAGGCGUGGGGUGACUGAUCCAGUGGAGAGGAGUAAUAGCAGGGGAGGGAAGGGGAGAGAGGCGAGGAGAGAGGGUGGUGGUGGCAGGGAUGCCAUGGCGUUGAGAGGAGGUAAUCUUAGAGUGGCUGUUCUGACGGGUCACGAUAAAGAUAGAGACAGAGCCAGAGAUAGUGAUAAGGAUAGAGAAAGAGAUAGAGAGAGUGAUAGAGACAGAGAAAGAGCCAGAGGUGAUGGUAAAGCUAGGCAUACUGUCAGGGAUAGUGAUAGAGAUAGGGGUAGGGAUGAAGGUGGGUAUAGGUCGGACAAGCAGAAAGGUAGAAGGGAUAUUGUUGCUGCGCCAGCAGGGACAGGGAAAGGAGCAACAACAGUGAAAACAGCAUCAGCAGAAGCAGCAGCAGCAGCAGCAGCGCAAAGGCUAGUUCCGAGAAGUGGCGGUGCGGGCUUGAGAGGCGAGCAGUUUGCUGGUAACUGUCGUGCCUCUGCUGAUGGUAGUAGCGAUGGUGAUGGUGAUGGUGGUGAUAUUGGUGGCAGAAGUGGCAAUAGCGAUGUGUCAGACCAUGCUAUGGCCCCCGAUCAAAGCUUUCACUUGAAGCUUGCACGGGGCAAGUCUCUUCCUGCAUCCAAGCACAGACAUCACCCUCACCAACAGCACCAACAGCAGCAGCAGCAGCAGCAGCAAAUCCAUCUGCUACAAGAGCUGGCCCUGCCGUCCUAUUUUGACGAUCACCGGCCAGUGCAGCUGCAGCGAACAGCAGCAGCAGCAGCCGGCAGUGGUCUGGUAUCAAACAGACAGGGGUCCAUCAAGAAAAGCCCCGUAGGGAAGAAAGCAGCAGCAGGCACAACCUCUCACACCUCCACCUCCACUCCCACUUCUGCUGCUGCUGCCGCCGCCGCCACCGCUGCUGCUGCUGCUGCUGCUGCUGCUGCUGCUGCUGCUGCUGCUGCUGGUGGGUUAGCCAGGCCGCUCGCUCAUCGCCUCCUUCGAACCCACAACUUCCCUCUAGCUGCCUCUGCACCCACUCUGGCCUUGAACGGUUUCCCCUCGCCCACGGCCUCCCCUCCUGCGUCUCCUUCUCGUGCUGGCUCCUCCACCCUCGGUGCCCUGCUCACACCCUCUGCUACAGCACGAGCAGCACGAGCAGCUCGAGCAACUCGAGCAGCAGCAGCAACAGCAGGGGCAGCAGGGGCAGCAGGGGUGGCAGACGGUGCUGCAGCAGCAGCAGGGGCAGUGGGGGGUGGUGGUGCAUCUGCUUCUCGUCAGCACCCGUCCCCGCCCCGAACCGUGUCCAUGUUUCCAAAGGUGCCUACUUCCGGUUGGCUCCCAGGUGAGCCUUCUGCGUCUUCUUCUGCUGCUGCUGCUCUUGCUACUGCUGCUGGUGAUUUUGCAAGGGGAGGAGUGAGAGGCAGCGGUGGGAGAGGUAGGGAGGCGGCUUUGGUUGAUGAUGAUAAGGGGGCGAAGAGCAGCAAGGGUAAGCAGGACAGCAAGGCUCGACAGUUACGACGGGGUUACUCUGAGUCAGGGGGCAAGCUGGACAGCUGCUGGGUCGAGUCUCCCUCACACUCUAGCCAUAGCAAGGCCAGAGGUGGCUCCGCGGCUGCUGCUGCUGCUGCUGCUGCUAAUGGUGAUGGUUUUGCUGGCACUGUUGCUACUGCUCGUGCUGCCAGUAGUGGAGUGAAGGUUGGCAAUGGUGCUACAACUGUCGGUGCUGCUGGUAGUGCUGCUGGUAGUGCUAGUGCCAGUGCUGCUUCCAAGGUUAACGCUGCCUCCUCCCCGUCCGCCUCGUCACGCCAGCAGUCUCGCCGCUCUCGAUCCGCCAACUCCUCCCGCGCCUCGUCUUCCAGUCUUUCUGCGGCACCUGCUGCUGCACAUCCUGCUGCUGCUGCUUCUGCUGCUGCUGCUGCUGCUCCUCCUCCUCCUCCACUUUCCGCCGAUGCCUCUAGAGGCAACUCUGCCUCAUCAAGCACCAAGGCCGCGCCCGGCACCUACAAGUCUCAGCCCGUUGCUUCUUCACUCCUCCCCACGCAACUGCUGCAGGAACGAUGCGACCAGCAGCAGCAGCAGCUGCUGCUGCUGCUGCAAUCGCAGUCAGCGCAGGCACAGCUAGGGCAGGCAGACUUAGUGCAGCAAGACCUGGCUGAGUCACAACCUGAAUCAGCAGAUCCGCAGGUGGUCGAUGAUGACAAGCACUUGCCGUCCCCUCAGGGCUCUGUGCCUCUCGUCUCCUCCACCUCCAUCUCCUCCAUAUCGUCCGUCUCCUCGUUCGACGAUGAUUUUUGUGCCACCAGCGGGGCCUAUGUCAACCGCGCUCCUGCUGCCAACGGCAGGACAGGUACAGAGACGGGAGAGCUUGUAGAGGGUACAAGUGCUGCUGCUGCUGCUGCUGCUGCUGCCCCCGCCUCAACUGCUGCUGGUGCUGCUGCGGCUGCUGCUGCGACUCACGCUCCAAAGAAGCCGUUGGGAACGAGCAUGAACAUUCUCGUGAGGGACAAGCCCGAGAGCGAGGUGGUACGGCGGGUGUGUGCGGCGGGCAAGGGCGCGUCCAUGGUGCUAGAGGACGAUGGCAUAGUACGGUCCGAGAUCCUUGUGCUCGACUACUGCCCUGCUGUGGGGGGGAAUGCGGAUGGUGAUGGGGACGGUGAGGUUGUGAUGGAGGGCGGACUAGGAGGCGGGAUAGCAGAGGGGGAAGGAGGAGGAGGGUUUGGAGGGAGGAAGGGAGGAGGUGGAGGGCACGGAGUAGGAGAGGGGGGUGCGGGAAUGGGUAGAGGAGGGGGGCGAGGAGGAGCAGGUGGGGUAGAUGGUGUGGGUGGUGAGGUGACGGAUUGUGAGUCGUGCAUGUCGUAUGACACGCCCAGAGGCAGCCGGCCAGGUGCGCCUCCCCCAUGCACGCCUGCCAGCCAUUCCCCCUCCUCGUCUUUCAACAGCACCGGCCUGUCUUUUCAGGGAUCCUGGAGAGAAGGGGAAGGGAGCAUGGUGGAUGCAGGUGGGGAAGCAGCUGCAGCUGCAACUGCAACAGCAGCAGGAGCAGCAGCAGGAGCAGCAGCAGGAGCAGCAGGAGCAGCAGGAGCAGCAGUGGCGUCCCUGCCUCCGGUGCAAGAGAGAGAGGCGGGUUCCCACUCUCCGUCCUCUCCUCAUGUGCCCCACCCUGCUCACCCGUCUCAGCCUCCUCAGCCUGUCCCGUGGCUGGGCCAGGAGCUGUCCUUCGCACUAAGGCCAUCGCAUGGGGGAGGGAUAGGAGGACCAGCAGCAGCAGGAGCAUCAGCAGAAGCGGCAGCAGGAGCAGCAAGAGCGGCAGAGAUAGAGGCGGCCGCUGCUGCUGCGGUGGCAGCAGCGGACGCUGAAGCAGGAGAAGCAGGGGAGGAGGAGGGGGAGGGGAUGCUCCAGGCAGCACGGCGGGCGGAGCUGCGGGCUCGGCUUCGAGUCGAUGUUGCUACGGACAGUGGCUGCUGUGGCGAGGCUACUUCCGACCAGCAUCAGCUCCCCCAGGAGCAGAACGGGCAGAGCCAGCUGAACCAGCAGCAGCAGGGAGAGAGGAGCAUGCCUGUAGUCCUGAUUGGGUCUGCACGGGGAGAGGCAGGGGGAGCUGGGGCAGGGGGGAACGCAGUGGGGGUGUGGCCAGGGCAGGUUGUAGCAUGCAGUGUGACCAGCAGCAGCAGCAUUGGUCGCAGCGUGUCAGAAGGGGAGGCUCACAAGGGCAUCAAGGCAGCGAAGGGGACAGGAAGGGGGGGAGGAGGGGGAGGAUUGGGAGAGGGGAGAGGAGAGGAGGAGGACCCAGCGUCACCUCUCGCUCAUGGGCGGAUGAUGCUGGCAUGUGGCGCUCCCUUCUUCUCAUCCAUGCGCCCUUCCUCUGCCUCCACCUCAUCCCCAGCUGCUUCCGCUUCUGGUGCUGCUGCUGCCUCUGGUGGUGUCUCAGUGUUAACCCCCCCCAGCGCACCACUGUCUGGGGAGGAGGGGGCCAUCUAUGGCAGCCAUGGUAGUAUUAACAGCGGCAGCAGUAGCAGUAGCAGCAGCAGGGUGAAUGGAGGGCUGGGGAGUGGCAAAUCGCAGCCCAAGUCUGCAAGGCAGUCCAUGCUGGAAGGGAUGUUCACCCGCCAAUGGGGCAAAGCCAAGCACUGAGUGGGGCACCAGUUGUUGAAAGGAGCUAAGAAGCUAGCUAGGCAUGAGAAUGGCGAUUGGUUUUAGCUAGGGAGAAAAGUGAGGAGAGAAAAGGGGGUUGGACUAGAAGAGAGAGGGAUACAAGGGUGUUGUACCCUUUACAGUAGGAUCCAUUAUAUGACACAACUCCUACCAAGCCUACACAAAUAUAUAUAAAUAAUAUAUAAGUUGACACACCCCCUUAGGCUUGCCUUGGGCUUUAACUACCGUAUUCCCCCGGAUAUACGCCCCUAGGUGCUUAUAGGGAUUAUAGUCAAAAUUUUGGGGGUGCGUUUAAUUGGAUUUUUUUG